CUUUGCAACCACUUUAUUAAAAUAAAAAAAAUAGUCCCCAUUUCCGUACUCACAUUCCCAAGAUUUGUUGGCUUAAAGGACAAACAAACACACCGCAGAACUGAAAAAAAAAGAAAGAGGAAAAGGAAGCAAAAAUGUCUCCUACAAAUCCCAGUAGGGUUCCCUCCUUCUUCUUCUUCUUCUUCCUCUUCCUUCUUCUCAUUCCGCCAUUCAUUACCUCCCACGAAACCACACCGUUCCAGGCGAAUGCGUCUGCGGCAGAGGCGGAGCGCGAGGAGCUGGUGCCGCUGAUCGGGAAGGCGGAGACGGCGGUGGAGCUGAACGAGACGCGGCGGAAGCUGAACAGCUUCCGGAUUUGCGCGCUGUGCACCUGCUGCGCCGCCGGGAAGGGCUACUGCUUGCCGUCCCCCUGCUGCUAUGCCAUCAAUUGCAACAUACCAAACAGGCCCUUCGGUUUCUGCUCCUUCACUCCCAAGACCUGUAAUUGCCUUGGCUGCCAUCUCUAAUUACGUUCCAUGUUUUUUUAUUUAAAUUGUUUUUUUAAAUUAAUAUUAUUUCUCCCUGCUUAAUUUAGUUCAAAAAAAAUGAAAUUAAUGUAGUUUG